AUGGCAAGACGCCCGCUGCCGUCAGCAUGCGCAGCCCGUACAAGGCGUACAGGAGUCCUUUCGGCCCUCAGUAAGUUGGUUUUCCUUUCAUGUUACGACACACGGCAAUGGCGUGGGAGACGGGUGGUGGGCGGACUGCGGACGACAAGGUUGGAGGAAUGUUGUCAUUGGUACAAGGGAAAGCUGUGGGAAGAAGAGGAGGAUACACAGCGAUGA